CACCUCAAAUACACUACUGCUGCUGUGCAAGAACGUUCAGCACACAACACAGGCCGUCCACGCAACGAUGUUCCCGACUAGAAGCAUGCUCGGAGUGCUGGCGAUGCUCCUGCUUAGCGCUGGACUUGAAGCUUUCUCUGUACACCCCGCGGUGACUCGAAGAGGGAGCAAGGCAGACAGCAGCAGCGGUAGGGCGUUAGCACCAUCGGCUGUAUCGGGCCGAGGCACAUCAGCAGCAGCUUCAUGGUUGUGGACGGGCGCGAGCGGGAGCCCGCGGAGCACGGUUCUUCGCAUGGGAUUGGAGACGGUUACGGGUUUGACAUCCACAGACAUGCAAGCGCGAGAGUUUCAGUUGGAGGAACUGGAGGACCGAGACGUGGCGGAAACUUCCAUCGUGCUGAACGAGGAUGGCUCCGUCACAGCAGGAAAGACUAGCGGCCCGAUACCUAUUCAAGUCAGGGGGAAGUGGUCGUUCGAUGGCACUGCGUUCCGCAUGGACCUACACCGGGAGUUCGACGCUUCCAUCCCGUACGUGGUCUCGCGAGUCAUGACGGGGUACGUCGAGGAGGUCCUGUCGGCCACCGACACAGUCAUCAUCACGGGGGACAUCGUAAUGGAAGGAAUGGAGGUGGGCUUUUUCAAGAUGAUCUCGUCACAGACAGACAUCAUGGACAGCAUCCAACACAUCGACCAGCAAAUGGCUAAAAUCCAGGCAUGAUUGACGUGACGCGACUUCAAGGAGGACGGACUCCAACGAUGGGAUAGUGGCUCCUACCCGAAGUAGCACGUGGCGAGACAAUGACCACCCUUCGGUAAACUGACCAUCCUGACGCAAAGUAUUCCACGUCGGAUAACUGCUGUGCAAACUCUAGCCGAAUCGUCGGCUGGUUCGCACCGGCAUGCUCACGUAUGACGAGGGUUUUCUCAAUUGUUUGUGGUGUGUCUGCUGAUCGCAGUGCAGCGCUGCCGACAUUUGGAACGGGGGGGGGGUAUCGAUGUCCUCCUUUCAGGGAGGCCGGUCACAGCUGCGGGAGGUAUCACCCAGUCUAGAGUUUUUUUGCACCUGUAGACCCUCUCGUGCGGCAUUUUCUCUUGCCGCACUGUUGCUGUAGUGCUCCUGACGCCCUGUGUUUUUCAGUGCUCUGUGUUGGACCCCGGUGACGAGGAUGCUGCUGCCGCUCAAAAGAGCGCAGGAAAAGCGGUAGGGGUGUUUGCAGCGCACCCCUCUCCGCCACCUCCCCUCUCUUGCCGUAGCCAACAGGCAAAGUGUGUUGUGAAGUUCAUCCCGUAUACAUACCCCUCUGUCGCCUCCUCUUGUACGUGAUGGAGAGUGAAAGACUAUCAAGCGAGUACGACGUGUACUCUGGUUGUUUCAUUUCGAGGAGUACUCUGGUUGUUUUAUGCCGGGGAGUGCGGCAGCAGUUCUGCUGGAAGUAUAGGAUAAGUAAGAGAUUUUUUCGCCAACGGUGCGGCGGUGUAUUUCACGUAUCGUGUAGCCUCCCCGGACACGCGGACGAUUGCGCGCUUGACAUGUUGGGGUAUACUCUGCUUGGCGCGUUGGACGGUAGUUUCAUGUACUGCUUAGUAAGAGGCUAGCUGGCUGUUCAUUGUUUUUGUCAAGCAUCAUGGAAUUUAAUGCUGUACUCUAUUGAGGUGUUUUCUCUCGUUGGCGUACAGUGAGAGGUUUUGCUCUCUCUCUCUGGCGUAACCGCUGGCUUCCGACAAAUACAACUAUGAAACCGGGUCCUACAUGCAACUGAUGGCUGUUGACACCCCCCUUUGUUUUGUUUACAACUGUACCGAUUCUCAUGGCGUGAACGCUUCUCCUGCAGGGGACCCAAAAACUUCCUGUUCAGCUGCUU